AUGUCUUCUCCCGCCGCUGCACCUGACAAGGAGACGUUGAAGCUCCUUCUCCCCCUCCGAUACGAUGGGAAAACUGUCAUUGAGUGCAACCGCUUCGUCUCCCAGUUGCUUAUCUACUGGGCGAUUAACACGACCCUCUCUACCAUCGAACUGAAGGUCCAAGUUGCCCUUAGCCUCCUCGAUGGUGACGCACGAGCCUGGGCCACUCCCGUCUUCGCCCAGCUCACCGCUUUCCAUAUUGGGACUCAGGGAGCGACAACGCCCUUCGCCGACGAAAUGGCCUUCCUCACAACUGUCGCGACUUGA